AUGACGGACACCGUAUUCAGCAACAGCUCUAGCCGUUGGAUGUGUCCCAGUGACCGACCUCUUCAGUCAAAGCUCCAGGCAGGCUGGUCUGUCCAUCCCAGCAGUCAGCCCGACAGACAGAGGAAGCAGGAAGAGCUGACAGAUGAGGAGAAGGAAAUCAUCAACAGAGUGAUUGCUCGAGCUGAGAAGAUGGAAGAGAUGGAACAGGAGCGAAUCGGGCGCCUGGUGGACCGUCUGGAGAACAUGAGGAAGAACGUGGCCGGGGAUGGGGUGAACCGCUGCAUCCUGUGUGGAGAACAACUGGGGAUGCUGGGCUCCACCUGUGUGGUGUGUGAGGACUGUAAGAAGAAUGUCUGCAUCAAGUGUGGAGUGGAAACCUCCAGUAACCGCCCGCAUCCCGUGUGGCUCUGCAAAAUCUGCAUUGAGCAGAGAGAGGUGUGGAAGCGUUCCGGAGCAUGGUUCUUCAAGGGCUUCCCCAAACAGGUCCUCCCACAGCCUAUGCCUAUAAGGAAGACCAAGCCCCAGCAGCCUGUCAGUGAGCCUGCUGCCUCUGAGCAGGUCGCCCCUGAGCCCAAGCAUGCUGCCCGAGCUCCAACCCAAGGUCCUGAACCAGCCUCUGCUCCCGGGCGAGGAAGCUAUGGGACUCCCAUGCGCAGGGCCUCUGAGGCACGCGUGAGCUCAUCCAGCCGGGACUCAGAGAGCUGGGACCACGGCCACAGUGGGGCUGCCAGUGACUCCAGCAGGAGCCCAGCAGGUUUGCGACGGGCCAACUCCGUGCAGGCCUCCAGACCCGCUCCCGCCUCCGUGCAGAGCCCAGCGCCGCCUCAGCCUGGGCAGCCAGGGCCUCCCGGAGGCAGCAAACCCAGCCCUGGGCCCGCAGGACGCUUUCCAGAUCAGAGACCAGAGGUGGCCCCCGGCGACUCUGGCUAUGCUGGGGCCACGGCCCUGCCGCGGGAGGAGAGAACGGGGGGAGUUGGGGGCUACUCAGCAGCUGGAGCCAGGGAGGACCGAGCGGGCCCCCCUCCGGGCCCAUAUUCCCAAGCAUCUGCUGCUGCCCCCCAGCCUGCCGCGGCCCCUGCCCGCCAGCCCCCACCCCCGGAGGAGGAGGAGGAAGAAGCCAACAGCUACGAUUCGGAUGAAGCAACCACCCUGGGUGCCCUGGAGUUCAGCCUUCUCUACGACCAGGACAAUAGCUCCCUGCACUGCACCAUGAUAAAAGCCAAGGGACUGAAGCCCAUGGAUUCCAACGGCUUGGCUGAUCCCUACGUUAAGCUGCAUCUCCUGCCGGGAGCCAGCAAGUCCAACAAGCUUCGUACAAAAACUCUGCGGAACACCCGGAACCCCGUCUGGAAUGAGACCCUUGUCUAUCAUGGCAUCACAGACGAGGACAUGCAGAGGAAGACCCUCAGGAUCUCUGUCUGUGAUGAGGACAAAUUUGGCCAUAACGAGUUCAUCGGUGAGACCAGAUUUUCACUCAAGAAACUGAAGCCCAACCAGAAAAAGAACUUCAAUAUCUGUCUGGAGCGGGUGAUCCCGAUGAAGCGUGCCGGGACCACUGGGUCAGCCCGAGGCAUGGCCCUUUAUGAGGAGGAGCAGGUGGAACGUAUUGGUGACAUAGAGGAACGUGGCAAGAUCUUGGUGUCCCUCAUGUACAGCACACAGCAGGGAGGCCUUAUCGUGGGCAUCAUACGCUGCGUGCACCUGGCCGCCAUGGACGCCAACGGCUACUCAGAUCCAUUCGUCAAGCUCUGGCUGAAACCAGACAUGGGAAAGAAAGCCAAACACAAGACUCAAAUAAAGAAGAAAACCUUGAAUCCUGAGUUUAAUGAGGAGUUUUUCUAUGACAUCAAACAUGGUGACCUGGCAAAGAAGUCCCUGGACAUCUCGGUCUGGGACUAUGACAUCGGCAAGUCCAACGAUUAUAUCGGAGGCUGCCAGCUGGGGAUCUCAGCCAAGGGAGAACGCUUAAAACACUGGUACGAAUGUCUGAAAAACAAGGACAAGAAGAUUGAGCGCUGGCACCAGCUACAGAACGAGAACCACGUGUCAAGCGAUUAGGGUGGGCCCCCAGGUCCCGGCUCCAUGGCCUACCCCAUGCCAGGUCACCCGCCAGCCUGACCCAGCUGCCCUUCGCACUCCGGUUUCUCUUCUCUCUGCCUCCCCCAGCCUCUCCCUCCUUGCGCCUGCCUUUGAGGUGCCCCCUGACCUUGGGCACUGCUGCCGAAGACCUUUCUCCUCCAUCUGUGAUGCUGUGGUGCAGGCCCUGACUGCAGCCCCUCUCUGGUCCCUCUAGGAUGGAGCGGGAGGGAGAGGGAUGCAGAGAUUUUUACAAGGAGGCUAGAAUUUAACAAGCGGUCUGUCUGGGAAAACUGCAAAAGUUCUUCAUCAUUUAGGACUGUUUUUAGACCCUCCUGGCCUUGAACACACACACACACACACACACACACACCCUUGGUUUCCAGUGUUAUGUCUGUGUAUACCCUUAGCUGUCAGCUGACCGGAACAAGGCUGUAAGGACCAGCACUGGGGCAGAAAUAGAGCAUCCAGGCCCCCACUGCCCCUCCACACCAUACCCCCUGAUUGCCAGGAAAACAGACCACCAUGUUUAAACUCCCCGGUGACUAGGAACGCACCCUCCUGGCCCCAAAUGCGUCCAGAAAUAGACACAUGGAACAUAUAAAGGGUCUUGGCAGCCCCCUCUUUCAGGAUGCCAUCUGUUUGCUUCCUAGCAAAACCCAACACCCUUUCUCUAGCGCCCCCCCAUCCCCCCGUCCUUCCCUCUCCCUCUCCCUAACCUUACACCCCAUCAAACUCUUUCUCAGCUCCUUACACUCCUCUGUCCCUCUCCAUCUCUCUGCCCUUCUCCUUUCCCUCUUUCUAAGAAGGUAAAUGAGCAACAGCAAAAAAAUACCUUAAGCCAGCCUCACCCCCUCCCCAGCUUGGCCAGCAAACUCAAACUGGCCCCUCCCCAGUUCCAGUUAGGCCCACUCUUCUCAGCACCGCCCACGCCUCCCUGGUGGCAGAGCCCGGGGUCCCUGGCUGGGCCAGCUACUGGCACUGCCCCCCUCCCCCCAGGUGCAUGGCGGCCUCCCGUCAGCUGCACAGACGCCCCUAGAGGGCUUCCUCGGCCCCUGGGCUGCCCAUAUAGGUGCAAAAAGCAUUUAGAAACCAGAGCUCCGGGUCUGGGGGGGGCGCUCUCCAAAGCCCCCAGCCUUCCCCCUCCGUCUGCUCUUAGUUAAGUAAACACACUGCUCCAUCCCUGGCGCUCUUCGACUCUCUGCUUCUCUGAUCCCCGGAGUCCUGUCUCUCACUGAGAACCACCUUGAAUCUCUCUGUCCGUGGCUCUGUCUCAGUCUAUCUCUUGCACCCUUUUCACCAAGUUUGUCGGGAGAAUAAAAUACCAUCAUGAAUGUGAAGCUUCAGAGAGUGACAGAUCCUGAUGCCAAAGACCGUUGUUCCAUCAUGAGUCUCCGGUCUUUCUUCCUAAAAAAUUAAAAAAUAAUAAUAAAAAGGAGGAAAAGGCGAUGAGAAUAAACAUUAUAAAUGCGAGGCUGGGGUCAGGGCAUCUUCAUUGCCCCAUGAGAAAGGCUUGUUUUCUCCCGGUUUCCAGUGUCUUCCCCCGUGAAAAAUCCUCUCCUUCUGUCUGACAGCCUGUCGUCUAUAGAUGUCAUCAGAUGGACACUCCAACUCUCACUUUCUCCAAACGCACCUUUUAACCUUUCCCAAUCAAUGCCUCCACCCUAGCUCCCUGCGCUAUUCAUGAGAAGACUCUGAUUUCUUGCCUUGAAUAACCAUCUUCUAAACAUCAAACUCGUCGCCUUCCCCAAGAUGGCCAGUGACUUCCAGGCUGCCAUCUUGCCCCCUGGCCCUGCCCCUCCGUCAGUCCCCGUGGCACCCACUCUCAGCCCACCUCCUUCUCACUGUUUGCCCCCAGGAGAAAGCAUGCUGGCUGCACGGCUCAAGCCGGACACUGGUAUUGGUGCUGGGAUCAGCAUGCAGCAAGCUCACGGUGUCCCUGGUCCGGGCGCACGCUGCCCCUGACAGAUGUAACCACCUCCCCGCCUAGAAUACACACACGCCCUCCAGUGCAUGCAGAACUGCCCACUGCCUUUCUCUGUGAUGAUGUAGCCAAAAAUAAAGUAGGAAUAUCCAGGAAAAACUGGU